UUGAACUGGACCCUCUUUUCCCUUGUCAGGUCUGGACAUCACCUUACUCCUUAUGAGGCGAUUUUCGGGCAGGUCCCCUAUUCAACGGACAACUCCCCUUCUUCUCAUUAGACACCCCAAAAAAUCCAAAACCCAUGCCCUAUGACUGUUACAGCUAGCUUCCCCACCUCCUCCUGUUUUCAUUAUAUUUUAUUUGUUUUUCUAGCUGGAUUGUAAGAUUAUCUUAACCCUACCUCCUCUCCCUUAAAACCCAUCUUCUUGGACAUCAAGCCAAGAGCUUCCUUUGCCUCUUGGCUUUCUUGGUUGUCCUUUGUUGUUGCUGCUGCCGAGAAGAGAAGAAGCCCUUCCCUUCUAAUUUCAAGAUCUUAGGGUAAGCAAGUAUGAUUCCAGGCAACAGGCAGCUUACGGUGCCUCCGGGUUUCCGAUUCCACCCAACAGAUGAGGAGCUCCUCUACUAUUACUUGCGGAAGAAAGUGACCUAUGAAGCUAUCGAUCUCGACGUUAUAAGAGAUGUGGAUCUUAACAAACUUGAACCAUGGGAUCUUAAAGACAAGUGUAGAAUUGGAUCCGGGCCUCAAAAUGAGUGGUACUUCUUCAGCCACAAAGAUAAGAAAUACCCAACCGGAACACGCACCAACAGGGCGACGACUGCCGGUUUCUGGAAAGCAACAGGGAGGGAUAAAGUUAUCCACCUCGGCAACUCAAAGAGGAUCGGCAUGAGGAAAACCCUAGUCUUCUACACUGGGAGAGCACCUCAUGGCCAGAAGACCGAUUGGAUCAUGCAUGAGUACCGCCUUGAUGAUGAAAGUAUGGAGGUUCAGGAAGAUGGAUGGGUUGUUUGUAGGGUAUUCAAGAAGAAGAACCAUCAGCGGUGCAUCCCUCCGGAAUCCAUACUCGAAGAUGACCAACUCGAUCCCUUGAGGCCAAACGGGUUUGCUUCCAUGGACCAGAAGCAGAACUUCCAGCUGCCAUGCGACUUCUCCUUUGACAACAACUCCAUGCACCUUCCGCAGCUGCUGUGCUCCGAAUCCACCAUCCCUCCUCUCCUGCCUCCAGCCUCCAUGAACGCUUUCAACCUUGAAUGCUCUCAGAAUCUCAUGAAGCUGACAUCAACGAAUGGUGGAGGAGGACUGCUUCCACAGGAGAAGUUUAUUGGGGAUUGGUCGAUCUUGGACAAGCUCCUUGCGUCCCACCAGAACCUGGACCAACUCAUCCAGAGCAAAUACCACCCAUCUUCCCAGCUCAUGGACAUGGGCUCAUCAGUCCAGAGGUUUCCAUUCCAGUAUCUUGGCUGUGAGGCUGACCUCCUGAAAUUUUCUAAGUAAGGUCGCUUACUGGCCUUUUAAUUAGGUCUAGUGGUUUGGGCGUUUAAAUGUAUAUAAAUGCAUUUGUUUGGGCCA